AUGCAUACGGCUCAGAGGAUCGCUCUCGGCCUGCUCGCUGCGGCGGCAGUUGCCACUGCGUCCGAUGUCGUCCAGCUGAAGAAGGACACCUUUGACGACUUUGUCAAGUCUAAUGACCUUGUCCUCGCUGAGUUCUUCGCCCCUUGGUGCGGCCACUGCAAGGCCCUCGCCCCGGAGUACGAGGAGGCUGCGACCUCGCUCAAAGAAAAGAACAUCAAGUUGGCCAAGGUGGACUGCACAGAGGAGACGGACCUCUGCCAACAACAUGGCGUUGAGGGCUACCCGACCCUCAAGGUCUUCCGCGGCCUUGACAACGUCUCUCCCUACAAGGGCCAGCGCAAGGCUGCUGCAAUUACUUCCUACAUGGUCAAGCAGUCCCUCCCCGCUGUGUCCGAGGUAACCAAGGAUACUCUGGAGGAGUUCAAGAAGGCCGACAAGGUCGUACUUGUCGCCUACCUUGAUGCCUCCGACAAGGCCUCCAACGAGGUUUUCACCCAGGUCGCUGAGAAGCUCCGCGACAACUACCCCUUCGGUGCUAGCACCGACGCCGCCCUAGCGGAGGCCGAGGGCGUCAAGGCUCCCGCCGUCGUCCUCUACAAGGACUUCGAUGAGGGCAAGUCUGUCUUCUCAGAGAAGUUCGACGGCGAGGCGAUUGAGAAAUUCGCCAAGACGGCUGCCACCCCCCUUAUUGGCGAGGUUGGCCCCGAGACAUACUCCGACUACAUGUCGGCUGGCAUCCCUCUUGCCUACAUCUUCGCAGAGACUGCCGAGGAGCGCAAGGAGCUCAGCGACAAGCUCAAGCCCGUCGCGGAGGCGCAGCGCGGCGUCAUCAACUUCGGUACCAUUGAUGCCAAGGCCUUUGGCGCCCAUGCCGGCAACCUCAACCUCAAGACCGACAAGUUCCCCGCCUUCGCCAUCCAGGAGGUCGCCAAGAACCAGAAGUUCCCCUUUGACCAGGACAAGGAGAUCACCCUCGAAGCCAUCAAGGCUUUCGUUGAUGACUUCGUUGCCGGCAAGAUUGAGCCCAGCAUCAAGUCCGAGCCCAUCCCUGAGACCCAGGAGGGCCCUGUCACCGUUGUCGUUGCCAAGAACUACAACGAUAUCGUCCUUGACGACAGCAAGGAUGUCCUGAUUGAGUUCUACGCGCCGUGGUGCGGCCACUGCAAGGCUCUGGCUCCCAAGUACGAGGAGCUCGGCGCCCUGUAUGCCAAGAGCGAGUUCAAGGACAAGGUUGUCAUUGCCAAGGUUGAUGCUACUGCGAACGACGUGCCCGAUGAGAUCCAGGGCUUCCCCACCAUCAAGCUGUACCCGGCUGGUGCGAAGGACAAGGCCGUUACCUACUCUGGCUCGCGCACUGUUGAGGACCUCGUCAAGUUCAUCUCCGAGAACGGCAAGUACAAGGCCGCACCCUCAGAGGGUGCUGAAGAGUCUUCGUCCACCGAGGCUGCUACUGAGACUUCCUCGGAGGCUGCUAAGGAGACGCACGACGAGCUCUAG